UCGGCAUCCGAGAGCCCGAAAAAAAUAUGUGUGUGCACUUUCCGAGUGGCUGAGUUGUGAAAAGCAUGAAAAAUUACACCGAAAUCUAGUCGCUGAGUGCAAAAUGAUAGCUUGAGUUGUGCAAACAAAAUAUUAAUGCCAACUACUAUGAAACACGCGCAGCGUUUUGAUUUGUGUGAACGCCAUAAAAGUGCACAGCGCAAAUUGCAAAAAUACCUCAAAGGCAACAACCACCGCAGCAACUCAUUAAAACUAGUGCAAAUCAACAAAGGGAACGGCAAAGCCGGAAAGCUCGAGAAUCGCGAGCUGGCACAGGCAAACUUAUCAUUUUAAUCACAGGAAAUUGCGGAAAGGUGUCGCUGCAGAAGAAAGAAACCACCCAGGAAAACACCUGGCCACCCAAAUCGACGCAAAUUAAUUGCUUAACGCUUUGCGACUUUCAGCAGUUUGUUCACUUACAGCCGCCGAAAUAGCUUUCGCUGCCACUGCAACUGCGUAGUUAUGGUCGAUCCAUUAAAAAUCUUUUGGGUUCUGACAAAUAGCACCUAUUUGGUUACAAAAUUUGUACGCAUUGGUAUUGCCGACAAAAACGAUUCACCGCCAUAUUUCGAUAGAUUUCUGUACGAGACUGAAAUCGAUGAAAAUGCCGAUUUGCAGAGCACCGUCCUCACUGUCAACGCCAAGGAUCACAAUGAGUCGACGAAUAUUCGAUACCAGAUCACAGGCGGUAACAUAGGCAAUGCAUUUGCCGUACAGAACACCACCGGUGUCAUUUACGUGGCAAGUCCACUUGACUACGAAACGAGGCCAAGGUACGAACUGCGCCUGGAGGCAACUCGGAAUCGCAAAAAUAAUUACACCACCGUUGUGAUCAACGUUCGCGAUGUCAACGAUAAUCCACCGGUAUUCGAUCGUCAAACAUAUCGUACACAAAUCACUGAGGAAGACGAUCGCAAUCUGCCCAAACGCAUUCUGCAGGUCACAGCCACCGAUGGCGAUGUAGAUAGACCAAUAAAUAUUGUAUAUUUCCUGACUGGCCAGGGCAUCGACCCUGAUAACCCAGCGAAUAGUAAAUUUGAUAUAAAUCGCACGACGGGCGAUAUUUUUGUUCUCAAGCCCCUGGACAGAGAUCAGCCGAAUGGGAGGCCACAGUGGCGCUUCACAGUAUUUGCCCAGGACGAGGGCGGCGAGGGGCUAGUAGGCUAUGCGGACAUCCAGGUGAACCUAAAGGACAUCAACGACAAUGCGCCGCAGUUUCCGCAGGGCAUCUACUUCGGCAACGUGACCGAGAACGGCACCGCCGGCAGUUCGGUGAUGACCAUGUCCGCCGUCGACUACGACGAUCCCAACGAGAGCACCAACGCCAAGCUAAUCUACUCGAUUGAGAAGAACGUCAUCGAAGAGGAGACGGGGGCGCCCAUCUUCGAAAUCGAGCCGGAGACGGGACUCAUCAAAACGGCUGUCUGCUGUCUGGACAGGGAGCGAACGCCCGACUACUCCAUCCAGGUGGUGGCAAUGGACGGCGGUGGACUUAAAGGUACUGGCACCGCCUCCAUUCGCGUCAAGGACCUCAACGACAUGCCGCCGCAGUUCACCAAGGACGAGUGGGUUACGGAGGUGGACGAAACGAAUGGCACUUACAUCCCAGAGACGCCCAUUCUCACGGUGACGGUUCAGGACGAGGACGAAACGAACACAUUCCAAUACAAGGUGGUGCCGAACAGUGGUUUCGGGGCGGAUAAGUUUGCGAUGGUUCGGAAUGGCGAUGGAACGGGCUCACUGAAAAUCAUACAGCCCUUGGACUACGAGGAUCCGCUGCAAAGUAGCGGAUUCCGGUUCCGCAUUCAGGUCAACGAUAAAGGCGACGAUGGACCCGGUGGAAGUGACAAGUAUCAUGUGGCCUAUUCCUGGGUGGUGGUGAAGCUGCGAGACAUUAACGACAAUGUGCCAAAAUUCGAUCGGGAGCACAUCGAGGUUUCCAUCUAUGAGGAUACGAAAGUAGGAACCAUUCUCGAGCAAUUUAAGGCCACGGAUGCCGACCAGGGGGGUCACUCCAAAGUAGCUUACAAAAUAGUUCGUGCCACAAAUCGGAAGAGACAAUUUGCCAUUAGUGAUAGAGGAGCAGUGAGCAUACAACGACCUUUGGAUCGGGAAACUCAGGAUAGGCACCACAUUCAGAUUUUAGCCAUUGACGAUGGAAGCCCUGCUCGAACGGCAACCGCAACUCUGACCGUGAUAGUUAAGGAUGUCAAUGAUAAUGCACCGACUUUCGCCCAGGAUUAUAGGCCCACCUUACCUGAGAAUGUGUCUGGUAAAAAAAUUCUGGAGGUGGCAGCCAAGGAUCCCGAUGACCGACUAAGGGGCAAUGGGGGACCCUUCACCUUUCGACUGGAUCCUUUGGCCAGCGACGAAAUAAGAGCGGGCUUUAAAGUGGAGUAUGACCGAAAAAAACUGGUCGAGAAAAUUGAAAAACUUGCUGUCAAUGUCAGCGACAGCAUUCAAGUGACACCUUCGGGAACUUUGGAGCUGAGGGUAAAGACGAAGAAAACCCUGGAUGAUGGUGUCUGGCAUCGCUUGGAUAUUUUUUGGGAUUCCGAAAAUGUCCGCAUGGUCGUGGACUUCUGUCGCACUGCUUUGGUCUCCGAAAUGGAGGAUGGCACUCCGCCGGAAUUCGAUGAUAAUGCCUGCCAGGCGAGAGGACAAAUUCCCCCCUUCGCUGAGUCCCUGAAUCUGAAUCAACCCCUUCAGCUGGGCGGACUCUAUAGACAGCACUUCGAUCAAACCCUGUACAAUUGGCAGUAUGCCUUUAGCUCGAAGGGCUUUGAUGGUUGUAUACGCAACGUUAUCCACAACUCAGAGCACUACGAUUUGGCUUUUCCCGCUUUGGCCAGGAAUAGUUUUCCCGCCUGUCCGCAGACCGACGAAGUUUGCCUGAAAACCGAGCACACAGCUCGUUGUUGGGAGCAUGGAAAUUGUGUGGCCAGCUUGGUUCAGGCCAAGUGCCACUGCCAGCCGGGUUGGAUGGGUCCUGGCUGUAAUGUACCCACCAUUCCUACGACUUUCAAGGCCCAGAGCUAUGUGAAAUUCGCCCUCAGCUUUGAGCCCGACAGAUUUUCCACCCAGUUGCAGCUGAGAUUUCGAACUCGAGAGCAGGGAGGCGAACUUUUCCGGGUUAGUGAUCAACACCACAGGGAGUACGCCAUCCUGGAACUUCGAAGGGGCCACCUCCAGUUCCGCUACAAUCUGAACUCCAUCAGAAACGAGGAGCAGCUGCUGACCCUAACCGCAAUCGCAGUGAACGACGGCCAGUGGCAUGUGAUUCGCAUUAGUCGAUAUGGAUCGGCAGCUCUAAUGGAACUGGAUGGCGGGGAGUCGAGGCGGUACAACGAGUCCUUUCACUUCACAGGACACCAGUGGCUGAGUAUCGACAAGCAGGAGGGUGUUUAUGCGGGCGGCAAGGCCGAGUAUACGGGAAUCAAGACCUUUGAGGUGCAAUCCGAUUUUCAAAGAAGCUGCUUGGACGACAUCAGGCUGGAUGGAAAACACUUGCCCCUGCCGCCCGCCAUGAAUGGCACCCAAUGGGGCCAGGCGACGAUGGCCCGCAACCUGGAGCGGAACUGCCCCUCGAACAGGCCGUGCUCGAAUGUCAUCUGCCCCGAUCCCUUUGACUGCGUCGACUUGUGGAACGAGUACGAGUGCACCUGCAGCGAGGGGCGCAUCAUGUCCUCGGACACCAAGGGAUGUGUGGACCGCAACGAGUGCCUGGACCUGCCCUGUCUGAACGGAGCCACCUGCAUCAAUCUGGAGCCCCGGCUCCGGUAUCGAUGCAUUUGCCCGGAGGGCUACUGGGGCGAAAAUUGCGAGCUGGUGCAGGAGGGACAGCGCCUGAAGCUGAGCAUGGGCGCCCUGGGGGCCAUAUUCGUUUGCCUGAUUAUCAUACUGAUUCUCGCACUGAUCUUCGUGCUAUAUAGUCGCAAACGCAAGACGACCAAGAAGAAGAAGCGCUCCGGACCCGAGAAGGAUGUCCGGGAGACGGUAAUCAGCUACGAGGACGAGGGCGGCGGCGAGGACGACAUGACGGCCUUCGACAUCACGCCACUGCAAAUACCAAUCAGCGCACAGGGAGGACCGCCGGACAUUGCCGCCUGCAAGAUGCCCAUAAUCUACCCCGUGAUGACGCUGCUGCCACCUGGCCAGGAGCUGAACGUGGCCUAUCUGAUGGAGGAGCGGAAGCAGCGCAUCGACAAGGACAACAACGCACCGCCCUUCGACGACCUGCGGAACUUCACCUUCGAGGGCAGCGGCAGCAUCGCCGAGUCGCUGAGUUCGCUGGCCUCUGGCACCGAUGAUGAGAAUCAAGACUUUAACUAUCUACAGAACUGGGGUCCACGUUUCAAUGCCCUGGCCGCCAUGUACGUGCACGACAAGGCGAAAGCCAACCAGCUGCCGUCGGAUGGCGGAGGAGGAUCUGGAGAUGGACCUGGAGCUGGAGCUGGCGCUGGAGCCUCAUCAUCAUCGCCGCUGGGAGGCAGUGGGACAGGAGGCGGAGGCGGAGGAGGAGGUGGAUCUGGGACUACAGGCAAUGUGCUUGCAGUGGUGGCGACGGGAAGUGGAGCAGGUCCUGGAGGCGGCGGCUGCGGAGGUAUCAGUGGGUUAAUGCCACUGCCCGAUGUCGACAAAGUUGUAUUAUAAAAAUAAAUAGUUAAGUUGUAGUUAAAACGAUGUUUCAGCUGUAAGCACGAUGAUGGGGGAAAUCCCCAGAACGAAGCAGGUGUUUUGUGUGUUCGUGUGUCAGGUUAGGGUUAAUUGUAUGUACAUGUGGCUAACUGUGGAAUUUAAGACUAACUUAAGGUUUUAUGUGUUUCUCACAUAUACGAUGCUAGCUGAUCCUCGGAGAAGGACACUUCCUUUACUAUUUGCUCAAGCUCCUCGAUUGAGACCGUUUUGUUAGGAAAAGAAAGGAAAAUAAUCCUUGCUGUUAAGUUUCAAUAUUAGGAAAUGUGUGAGUCUGUUAAAAAUGAUUUAAAUAAGUAUUCAAUUAUGUAUACUUUAUUCAACCAGUUUUUAAAACUUUAAGACUACAGAUAAUCCUCUGAAAAGCGAAUGCGUAUAACAUUCCCUGGCCACCUUCUUUCGAACAUCCUUCUGUGUCUUCCUUUCAAAGCUCAUCUUCUCGAUGAAAUUCAACUGAACCAACUGAGAAAUCGAUGAAUAGUUCUACGAAUUAAAUUAUAUGAUUACACUAAGCAUACUACAAUGAAAAAGAGUUUAUAAAACUUGCUAUACGUUAGUUAAAGACCAUGUACUAUAAAUACGCCGUUAACUCUCUAGAACGUAAGUUGAACCAAACUAAACCGGAAUUCGGACAAUUCCCAGAAAAUGUUGAGCGUUGCAAAAUUUUGUGAGCCGCCGACUGGGGAACGUGACCGAAUGCCACCGAGCCAGGUGGCACCUGAAAACCGGGAAAGCCGGAAAAGCAGGAAAAGACGGCCUGGAAAACAUGCGCUGAAAACUGCGACCUAACCCACGCAGCCACAAAAGUUUGCAGAACGGGGUGGAAAUUUAAUAAAAGUACGAAAAUCAUAACUAACUUUGGUGAAAAUGAAAGGUAAAGGUAAAUCGGAAGGGAAGCUCUACUGUAACAUAAUUUUGUACAUAUUCAAUUCUGUAAUUUUACGACUAAAUUAAUGGCUACUAUAGCAUAGAAAUGAAAACAAAACCAAACAACUAAUAGACUAAUUAACAACAAUUAAACCUACAUUUAAUUACCGAUUACCGACAAAAGGAAACCGAACCCAAAUACGAGUGUUGAUCAAACCAAUUUCAUAUUUCUGCAUUUACUAGCAACUACACAACCAACCGUACAGAAAAUGAAAGUAUUAAGAACAAUAUUGUAAUAUGUAUUAAAGUAUGAGUCAUAAACGAAGCAAAUGGUUAAUUACAUUUACGUUAGUUAAUGGACAAUUUGUUAGUAGCUAGCAUCUAAGCAUAAUUUUUUAAAAAUCAAUAAA